GUCGCCAUGAGGAGCGGGGUGGGGGUGGGCGCCGCUGGGUUCGCCGCGGGGAGGGGGUGCCUGGGGGGCGCUGCCGGGCCUGGGCAGUCGUUGCGACCGGGUUGAGCUUGCCUUGCCAGACGGCACCGCUUCGAGUGUCUGCCUUACCGUCGGCGGGAGGCAGAGGGGCGCGAUGGCUCCUCCCAGGAGAGGUGACCUGAGCCCGGAGGAGAAGGACUUGCUGGGAGUGAUCGCCACAGGAAACACCGAGGAGGCUGGAAGGCUACUGGGCAGCAAGAAUGUCCGUGUCAAUUGCUUGGAUGAGCAUGGCAUGACCCCCCUAAUGCAUGCAGCGUACAAAGGGAAAGUAGACAUGUGCAGGUUGCUCUUGCGACACGGAGCUGAUGUUAACUGCAAUGAACAUGAGCAUGGAUAUACCGCCUUGAUGUUUGCUGGACUUUCAGGAAACAAAGAAAUCACCUGGAUGAUGUUAGAGGCUGGAGCAGAGACUGAUGUUGUCAACUCUGUGGGGAGGACAGCGGCCCAGAUGGCUGCUUUUGUGGGUCAACACGACUGUGUGACUGUCAUCAACAACUUCUUUCCACGUGAAAGGCUGGACUACUAUACUAAACCACAAGGCUUAGAUAAAGAACCAAAACUGCCAGUAAAAUUAGCUGGGCCUCUACAUAAAAUUAUUACUACUACUAACAUGCAUCCUGUUAAGAUUGUGUUGCUGGUAAAAGAGAACCCUCUAUUGGCCGAAGUAGAAGCACUGCAGAAAUGUUACAGGGUUCUGGAUCUAAUUUGCGAGAAGUGCAUGAAACAGAAAGAUAUGAAUGAAGUACUUGCUAUGAAAAUGCACUACAUCAGUUGCAUCUUCCAGAAAUGUAUCACAUUCUUAAAUGAGCGAGAGGAUAAACUAGAUGGAUUUAUCAAAAGUCUCUUGAAAGGGAGAGAUAAAGAUGGUUUUCCUGUAUAUCAAGAGAAGCUAAUUCGAGAAAGUAUCCGAAAGUUUCCUUACUGUGAAGCUACGUUGCUCCAGCAGCUCGUGAGAAGUAUUGCUCCUGUUGAAAUAGGUUCUGACCCUACAGCUUUUUCUGUACUCACACAAGCUAUCACUGGCCAAGUGGGUUUUGUGGAUGCUGAAUUCUGUACAACUUGUGGGGGAAAGGGAGCAGACAAAAGAUGUUCAGUAUGUAAAAUGGUGAUGUACUGCGACCAGAACUGCCAGAAAAUACACUGGUUUACCCACAAAAAAGUCUGCAAGACCCUGAAGGAAAUUCAUGAAAAACAAGAACUAGAAGCUGCCAAAGAAAAAAGGAGACAAGAAAAAAAGCAAAAGAAAGACGAAGUGCAACUAGUAGAGGGUAGUUCUACAAGUGAAGAAGCAUCAGAUCCUGGUCCAGAUGCUACUGAAGAAGUGAAUCCAAAUCAUGCUAUUGAUGGAACAGAAGACCCUGAAUUUAUCAAAGAGACCGAGGCACUAGUCCUGCAGCCUGAAAGUCCGCUGGAAAGUGAUGCUGGUUUAGCUGACAUUGCUCUUCAAAAAGUUCAGGAUGUGGAGGAGUAAGAAGAGGGUAGGAAGGCACUAAGAGUUCUGGCUGUGUCCCUGUACCUGAAGGGUCCUAAAGAAUUUUUUAUGCUGACCAUGUCUGAGUUCUCACAGCACGGCUUAUGCAAGGCUCCCUAUGAAAGACAGCAUGUCUCUUUUCAUCAUGAGAGGAAAUACUGGCUAAUUUCUCUAUAAAUACUUCCACUUCUCUUGUAGAUUGUCAAAUAGAUAUUUAUUUGAUAAAAACUAGAGUGGCAUAGAUCCAUCUGUAUGUAUACCAACAGCAAGCAUAGCAAAAAUCUAUGAGUAUCUGUGGUUAACCAGCCACUUAGUGAAAAAUUUGGAUCUAGAUUAUUCUAGAUUCAUUCCAGAAUCUCAAAACUAUUUUAAUUGUAAUUUAAAUAUUUUUUUCUGCAAGUACGCAGAACUGCAGUUAAAAGCAUUGGAAAGCCAACUGUUAAAUUGCUUUUUUACACCACUUUAUGAAGCUUUACUGAAGGAAUUCAGUAGCAGUUAAGUUUCUGAAGAUACUCAUCUGAAUUCUCAACUAUUCUUGGCAUUAAAUAUUUUUCACUAGUGAGUACACAACAAUAAUGUCUAUUUUGCAGCAAUUUUAUUAAAUGAUACUGCAGUUUCAGAUGUCUCGAAGCUGACUGUGAAACGUGGGUUUCAACAGAAUUUUUUCACUGUUGGUUUGGUCAAAAAUAUUCCACGUUUGUCAAAGUCUAAUGAAGGGAAGACCAGAAUGAUUUAAAAUACUUUGACAAGAAUCAUGGUUUCUAAAUUUCAGCUUUCAGGUAAUGGUGCCUUAGAGCACACUGGGAUGUUACUUAUGAAUUAUUUCAUAAACAUAAAAGAUGCUUAGUAUUGCUCAUGCUGAACCUGGUCACAGUGAAUUAAAUGGGAAAAUUCAUGUGUGCAUUGAUACAACAAGGAUUUCACUUGGGCUUUCAGUUAAAUACCACGUCUAGAAAAUAGCUUCCCACAGCUGUGCUGCUUUCACUCAGAUUUACUACCAUGUCUCCUGAAAUCAGUGGGAAUGCCACAACUGAAAAUAUCACUUGCUGCAGAAGGAUGGCAAAAUUUGAGAUUCUGUAAUUGGAUGAAUAACUGGUGUUUUGAACAUAGCAAUAUCCUUCAGCUUAGAGGAAUAAGGACCAUCCUUGAAACAGAGAAAAAAUGCUAUUAGUUUUUUAAUAUUUAAUAUAUUGAAAGUUUUUCUUUAAUAUUCUGAAAACUAAGAGUGAGGAUACAUAAAUGCACCUGUGCAGGGAACACACCUAUGUUUUAAUUUCAAGGAUUAGAAGAAUAAAUCAUGAAGAAUAAAGGGAAGUUAUUUAAAAGAAGGGAGCUGACUGGCAAUUCUUGUUUACUGCAUCUGUUAAUGCCUGUCAGGACAUAAGGUGACAUUCACAUUGGACAUGCAUGAGCCUCCUGUAGCUCGGGUGUACAAGUUUGAUUUCAUGACAACUGGCAAGAGAUGCAUGCCUGGAACUUAGAUGUGGAGUCACGACAUAGUCAUUGUGCAGUCUUGGAUCUGGCAAUACAGAAGCGCUGCUGGCUCCCUGUUCCACGUGUAGCAUUUGGGGCUCGCUGGGAUGUGUUGCUCUUCAAGGUUUCUCUGAAAACACAAGCCCUUUAGGACAAAUGAUUCACGAUUUCAGAAGCGUUGUAAAACUCACGGCACAAAUCCACGUUUCUGCCAGCCAGCGCUUUUUCUUGAUGAAGAAAAGCCCAAGCAAUAGGAGAAGAUCUGAACAUUGGAAAUAGGUGUGAAGUGUGGGAUCACAGAUUAUGCAGUUGUGUUCUCAUCCUAACUCAAAAACGCUUCCCAGUCAGUAUGAGCAGAGGCUGCCACUUCUCUCUCUUUGCACUGCAUCUCGGAGGGGAGCCACUGCAAUCCAAGUUACGGUCCUGGUGCACGCUGUUGCUCCACAGCUACCACUGCCCCCCUCAGCUUGAGCUCUGCUGUUGGAAGAUUGUGGUUGGUAGGUCCUGCAUAAACUUGGGGCAAUGACUAGCUCUUGCAUAACCAUGAAUUGGAGGAAACAUCUCAUGUGACGUUACUUAUAAGAAACCUAAAGGAGAAUGAAAAUUCUUAUGCAGUGGACUGAUUCCUUAAGCAAGGUUUUGAGUGAGAAGACAGCUGUGGAGUGCAAAGCCAACAGACACACUCCAGCCCCUUCAAGGGUGUGUGAUUUCCCCUCCUCUAGGAAACAGAAUUCUCACUUCUCCAGCUGUUUUGCUAGCUAUAAGAACAUAGCAGCUGUGAAUCUGUCUAGCCUGCUUCAUCACAGCUCUUGCUCCCUAGUUUGCUUUUAGGCUAAGUGUUUUUUUCAUAUCUAUUCUGUCUUCUACGGUUUUCUUCACCUUGGGAAAUCUGAUUGAAUUAAGAAUAUACAAAAGCUGUUAAAACUAUCUGAGCAUAUCUUCUAGUGAACCAAAUAUUGCACGUUCAAAUCACUGUAGAUCUUUGCGGGUAGAUUUUCAAGGGUUUUCUUCAUCUAACUAAAGGGAAUUCUCAGCAAAAUUUGAAAUUACCUUUGUAAUUUGAGUAUUUCUUCAUAUAUAAAUGGCUAAUGUUACUCCUUUUUUCACGAAUGGCUGUAAAAGAGACUCAAAACUUUUUCCAAAGCUCAAACAGAUGAAUGCACGGAAAGCGCUGCCUUUUAACUGGGGGGACGUGUUGGCAGUCAGCGAUUCUGCUGACUGGUGACUUGUUGGCCAGCAUCCAACAUUUACAAACCAAAAAUGUGAACAGGUAGCAAAAGUUAGAAUGAAGAGCUGCUGGAUGCUAUGGUAGGGGCUUUUCGGUUUAAUCUGUGCGUUCCUGGGAUACUUGUGUGCAAUGGUGGGAGGGCCAAAAAAUAUAAGAGGGUUUUGAUGGACUUUUUACCAUCAAAGAUUAUAUAUGUAUAAAUUCAAUCAUUGUCUUCUCUGAGCCCACCUAUAUGCUAAAAAAGAUUACAAGAAGUCAUGUUAAAAUUCUUUAACAGCUACUCCUGUAAAAUGUAUAUUUUCUUUUCAACAUCUGUAUUCUUUGGGGUAAACGUUAAAUUAGUUGUUCAAAAAGAUUCUGUAAUAAAAUUCAUUAUGUUGAAA